AUGCAGCUCCCACAGCUGAUGAGCAGCAACCAGCCUGUGCCAACCCUCCUACCCACCCAGCUAGCCUGUAACAACCAGCUGAUGACCAUGAGCACACUCGAAGUUGAGUGCUCGAAGAACCUGAUGAAGCUGAAAUCGAACAGCAGUGAUGGGAUGCUCCAUGGUGGUGGUGCUGGAGGUGGUGUUGACCGCUUUGCUGGCACGACUGAUUGGUCGAUCCUAGACAAGCUCCUCGCCUCCCACCAGAACCUCGACCAGCUCUUCCAUGGCAAGAUCACCGCAGCAUCUGUCUCCUCAAUGGUGACAUACCAACAGCAGCUCAUGGAACUCAAUGGAUAG